UUUUCAUUACGCUUCUAGUGUUCUGCUCUGCGUUCACCGCUUGGAGCUUCAGUUCGGGGCUGUCAGUAUGAAACAUGAAAUUGAGCAAACUAUACUGCACACGGAGCUAGACUGUAGAGCAAAAGCCUGACAGGAAGAUUUUGGAGCGAGUAUUUGUAAGACAAGUCAUACACGUGCUGUGCACACGCUAGCGGACAAAAAACUCUCUGCUGCUGCUGUCAGUGAAAUACGGAACAGUUUCAGGAACUUGUAUCAGCCAUGGAGACAGCGAAGACUUCAGACUAUGAGAUGAUGGAAGCUUGGCUGGACGAUCACAUGGACUUUACACACUCUUACUUUGUCAGAAAAGCCAAACGGGAAAUGGUCAAUGCAUGGUUUGCUGAGAGAGUUCACACAAUUCCCACUGCCAAAGAAGGUAUAAAGAACUUUGGAGAACACAAUUGCACAUCACAGAUGGCUCAGCUGGAGAGCUCAGCUCCAGGAACUCCAGCAAGGAAAAUCUCUGCAUCUGAGUUUGACCGACCUCUUAGACCAAUUGUUGUGAAGGACUCUGUAGGUACAGUGACAUUUCUGUGUGAUGCUACACAAAAGGAGCAGAUGCCUGUUCAAACUGUGAAGCUACAGUCAGAGCCACAAGAUGAAUGCUCAAGACUUUUAGAACUUGUCAGGGAUAUUUCUAGCCAUUUAGAUGUCACAGCACUUUGCCACAAAAUUUUCCUUCACAUCCAUGAACUCAUAGCUGCCGACAGAUACUCACUUUUCUUGGUGUGUGAAGACAGCUCUAAUGAGAAGUUUCUUGUCAGUAGAUUGUUUGACGUUGCUGAAGGUUCAACUCUAGAAGAAGCAUCAAACAACUGCAUACGUCUGAAGUGGAACAAAGGAGUUGUGGGAUAUGUUGCAUCUACUGGUCAUCCACUGAAUAUUAAAAAUGCAUACAAGGAUCCCAGAUUUAACGCAGAAGUAGAUCAAAUCACUGGCUACAAAACACAGAGCAUUCUUUGUAUGCCAAUAAAGAAUCAUAGGGAAGAGAUUGUUGGUGUGGCCCAGGCAAUCAACAAGAAAUGUGGAAAUGAAGGUACCUUCACAGAACAGGAUGAAAAGGACUUUGCUGCCUAUCUUGCAUUUUGUGGAAUCGUUCUUCACAAUGCCCAGCUGUACGAAACGUCUCUGCUUGAAAACAGGCGAAACCAGGUACUCCUUGACCUGGCAAGCUUGAUAUUCGAGGAGCAACAGUGUCUGGAUGUUAUUUUAAAGAAGAUAGCUGCUACCAUUAUUUCGUUUAUGCAGGCACAAAUGUGUACCAUCUUCAUUGUAGAUGACAACUGUUCUGACUCAUUUUCAAAUAUAUUCCAUAUGCAAUUUGAAGAACGGGAAGGACCACUGGAGGUCUACAAAAGGGACUAUGAUGUCAACAAAGUCAACUAUAUGUAUGCCCAGUAUGUGAAAAACACCAUGGAACCUCUCAAUAUUUCAGAUGUCUGCAAAGAUACCAGAUUUCCCUGGACAAAUGAAAAUGCAGAAAAUGUAAACAAAGGAAUUAAAAGUAUACUGUGUACACCAAUUAAGAAUGGAAAGAAGAAUAAAGUAAUAGGCAUCUGUCAACUGGCAAAUAAAAUGGAAGAUACUUCUGGGAAGAUUAAGGCCUUCAACAGGAAUGAUGAGCAGUUUCUGGAGGCCUUUGCCAUCUUCUGCGGGUUAGGGAUCCAGAAUACUCAGAUGUAUGAAACUGUAGAAACGGCCAUGGCAAAGCAAAUGGUAACCCUAGAGGUUCUGUCAUACCAUGCAUCUGCUUCUGAGGAGGAGACGAGGGAGCUGCAGGUAACAGUGGCAGCUACAAUCCCAUCAGCACAUUUGUUGAAACUGCUUGACUUUGGUUUCAGUGAUUUUGAGUUGUCUGAUUUUGAAACAACACUUGCCACAAUCCGAAUGUUUAUUGAUCUCAGCUUGGUACAAAAUUUUCAAAUGAAGUAUGAGGUCCUUUGCCGUUGGAUUUUGAGCGUGAAGAAGAAUUAUAGGAAACAUGUUCUGUAUCACAACUGGAGGCAUGCAUUCAACACUGCUCAGUGCAUGUUUGCAAUCCUAAAAACAGGAAAAAUGCAGUGCAAGCUGAAGGAGAUGGAGAUCCUAGCUUUAAUGAUCGCAGCACUUUGUCACGACCUGGAUCACAGAGGGGUGAACAAUUCCUUCAUACAGAGGACAGAACAUCCCCUUGCCCAGCUGUACUGUCACUCGACAAUGGAACAUCACCACUUUGAUCAGUGCUUAAUGAUUCUUAACACACAGGGAAAUCAGAUUUUGAGUGGCCUUUCAGUUGAGGAGUACAAGACUACCGUGAAGAUGAUUAAAGAAGAAAUUCUUGCCACAGACCUGGCAGUGUAUAUGAAGAGGCGAGGAGAGUUUUUUGACUUGGUGAAGAAAUGGCAGUUCAGCUGGGAAGACCCAUGCCACAGAGAGCUAAUCAUGGCGAUGAUGAUGACAGCUUGUGAUGUCUCUGCAAUAACAAAACCUUGGCCCGUGCAGCAAAGGACCGCUGAACUUGUAGCUGCUGAAUUCUUUGAACAAGGUGACAAGGAAAGGAGAGAACUCAACAUUGAGCCAACAGAUCUUAUGAACAGAGAGAAGAGAGAUAAAAUUCCCAGCUUACAAGUCGGGUUUAUAGAUGGCAUCUGUGUGCAACUGUAUGAGACUAUGGUAAUGGUAUCUGAUGCCUGCCUACCACUAUUGGAAGGCUGCAGGCAGAAUCGACAAAAAUGGCAAAGUCUGGCAGAACAAAUGGAGAAAAGCCUCGUCAAUGGGGAAACACAGUCAACCCACUAACUGUUCUAAAGGAAGGAAUUUGCAUCUUCACUGUAACAGAGAAUUACCUGAUAACUGUUUGGAAAAUGUUUAAGCACUAUAUGGAAUGUAUAUUUUUUCACUAUAUUCUUCUAUUUGUGUUACAAUUUGCUUUUUUGUUCCUUUGUUUUGCACAGUUAUUAUGAAGCACAGUUAAAUAUAUUUUAUAUUUUAUGAAGAUGUAUGUUUUCUAACUAAUAAAUUUCCAGACCAUAUUGUAAAAAGGUACGCAAAGAUUACACCUCUUCUUGUUAAAGUUAUCAAUGUAGAGGAGUUAGAAUAUAUAAAAAAAAAUCUUUUUUAACAUUUGGUCUUUUCUGUGUCCAUUGUUAGCAUGUUGCAUCACCUCUGCAUAUCUGAAAAAGCAACUCAGAGCUUCAACCUACAUUAACAUAUAUUGCUUCAUUCCUUUUCCUGUUAACAAACCAAUCAAACUGUGUUGUAUUUGGCUUCUUGUUUGCAGGGAUAGAGCUUAAUAUUUCUGACAUUUGACUAGUCUAUCAGAUUAUUUUAACUGUAAAAUGAGUAAUGCUUAUAACUGUCUGGGUGUACAUUCUGGCCUUGUAUCACUAACAAAGUACCUGUGGACUAAGAAUAUUUGCACUGAAGUGUUUUGUUGCACUUUUUUACUUCCUGA